AGCUUAAGUACUUGAAAAGAAAAAGUGACAUCUGCCAAAUUUAAAAGUUAACGUUUUAAAAAUUUCUAUUUUACACGGUUGCAAUAAUAAUGGAUUCAAUAAUAACAUUCGAUAAAAGUUAUCAACAACGUUUUAUAGAGUUUGAUGAAGUAUUGUCAGAUUAUAACGUUGUGCCGUCUUCUCAAUUAAAAAAGCAGUGGGGAUUUUUUAUCGACCUUACAGUAGAUAAAAUAGGCUGGCAGGCUAUUUGGAAGAUUCCCAGGUUAAAAUGUGAAGCCUUAAAUAUCCCCUUUCCAUCAGUGGUUCUCGUUUUAAUUCUGACUAUAAACACUGAACAAUUGAAAGCUUUAGUGAGGGUGUUGGCUAUACAAGGUGAUAUUAAUAUUCCGGAAAAAAAUUGGGUACCUCUUACUCAACUUUGGCCUACUGAAGAACAAGAUAAGAGCAUCGCUAUAGAUUUGAAUCAAACGGCAAAUUCCAUGGAUAUGUUGAGAUUUUUUUAUUUGUAUUUAUACAUGCCUUGGGAUAGAGAGGAAGACGACAGCGUUGAUUGGAAAGAAACCCAUUUGGAAAGUAGAUUAAGAUUUUAUUACGAUUUGAAAAAUGGUAAAAUUCCACGAGCUGUUGCCGAACAUAUUCAUUGUUUAUUAACUGAAGCUAGAAGGUUACAAAAUAAACGAGAUUUAAUAGAAGAACAGUUGAGUAAAGAAGAAGACGAAGUUGGGGAUAAAAAUAGAGAUAGUUUCGAUAAAAAAACAAAGUGUUUGAUGGAAAUUCACGUGCGUUUAUUACAAAUUCGUCCAGAUAUCGAGAUUGCCGAAAAUCCACUACUUCGUAAUGUAAUUAUAGAAAAAUAUUCUCAUUUAGAUCAGAUUUCUAAAAACGUAGACGCUCAAAUUUGGUUGAUAUUUGAUGAAGGUACUGCCGAGCAGCAUGUUAAGUACUUGAAAGAAGUGGAAUCUUUAUAUCCGAAAGAAAAUUUGAAAUUUUCCACGAAUUUAGCGGCGAAAUUAGAAACAGGUAAUCCCAAGGAUAUUUAUGUUUUAAACGAAACUAAUCACAAGAUUCUAACGACUGGUGCUUUAGAAAAAGGCGGAACUUUGCGAGGAAUCGGGGCUACAGAUAAAGUGGUUAUCACAUCGAAUAUUGAAGAUGUGAUGUUAGAUUUCAAGGGAAACGAAGUGAAUUUGGUGAAUUUAACUAUAGACGCCAAAACGGCCCAAUGCGCAAUACUAGUUAGACAAGGCAAAUGCGUUUUGAAAAAUUGCAAGAUAAUUGGUAGAGGCAAUUCUUCAAUUUAUCAGGGAAUUAUAGUUUUGAAAGGGGCUCGAUUGGAAUUGGAAAAUUGUGAAAUUACGGGAUUUUCAACAGCUAUUAUCGGAAAUUCGGGAUCGUUUUUAAGUGUUAAAAAUUGUGAUGUGCACCAUUCCGAUGCUGGUUUUAAAAUAUUUGAUGAAUGCGAAAUUAAAUUAGAAGAAACCUUGAUUAGGGAAAGUAUGGAAUUUGGGUUUAUUCUAGAAACCAAUAAAGAGAAUAACCAAAUCGGAGAUUUCGGUAAAUUAAAAGAUUUACCAUUUGUUGAAUCCAGUGGCGUAACUGGUGUUAAUAAUGGAAGAGGGGACGUGGCAAUUUUACAAAAACCCAAAUUAAAACCUGUUGAAGAUUUAUUUUCGAAUCCUGACCACGACCCCACCAUUAUAGAAUCGGAUGAUGAAGAAAUGUUGCUUUAACUUUUUUUAAAUCAAAUGUAUUUUUUUAACUUUCUGGUUGUUUAAUUAUUUUUUUUUCGUUAUUUUCAGUGCUCACUGUAUUUACAGCUAUUUUUCUGUUAUUAACAAUUUAAUAAAUAUAUUUAACA